UUAAAAGAUUAUGUGAUGUACUAGUAGCUCAAACUUCAGAGCGCAACGGCAUCGCUUCCAGCUGCAUUUCACCUUCAUUGACCAACACUGCUUCUCAUUUCAUCAGCAGUGACGGCAUUGCAGUGGCAGCAUUGUGAAGGAUUCUGGUUUUUAACUUACUGUGUCGAAGUCGGUGAUGGCGUCCGCUUUUGCACCUCAGGCGUCCUUGCCGACAACCAAUCUCUUCAGUAAAGAGCGAUCCGGAUACUGCAACUGCACCAACCCCCUCUCAUGGCAAGCAAACCCCCUCGGCCUGCCUUCCAUACCCAGACGCCAUGCAAACAGUGCACGAUCAGCUCCUCGAUGCACCAUGGCCCCCACGCCUGGUUCCGAGUACACCCCUAGUGGCAACACAAGCUCGAUGAAUUUGAUGACCGGGCUCGUGAAUGGCCUCUUCUCCUUUAAGCCCGCCUGGAACUUCAUGAAGGGGAAGGCCCGACAGAUGAUGGUCGACAGGGGGGACGCGAUCGGCUUCCCUUGGAAAGAGCGGCUAGAAGAGCUCAAGAAGCACGAUUGGGAUGCGGAGGUUGAGGCCGUACGGGAUCCGGGGUUGGAGUAUCCGGAGUAUUACACGGUGCCGUUCCACGCGUAUGAUAGGGGGAAUCUGUCGCUGGAUGCGGCGCUGGAGGUCGAGUUGGCGGCCAGGGCCGUGCACGCGACGGUGUUUGACACAGAGAGGCAAACACUGGACCCGGAAGGGGAUCAGCGGUUACGCGAGAGCUACCACGAGAAGAUGCUGCCUAUGCUCAAGAUCGAGCCCGCCAAGAUUGUGGACCUCGGCUGCUCGACGGGCCUCAGCACGAUGGCGCUGCAUAAGACGUUUCCCGAGGCGGAACUCACGGGGAUCGACCUGUCAGAAUACUUCGUUGCUGUUGCAAGCUUCAACCUUCGUCGACAAAACGCAGAAAAGGGUAAGGACCUCCCGAUCCGGUACGUCCAUGGGGCCGCGGAGCGGACGGGUAUCCCGGCAGGUUCCGUAGAUCUGGUGUCAAUGUGCCUGGUGUGUCACGAGCUGCCGCGGGCUGCCACCAAACAAAUCAUCGAGGAAGCGCACCGGAUCCUACGGCCGGGUGGCGCCUUGUGCAUCAUGGAGAUGAACCCGCGGUCGCCCUUCCUUCAAAAGAUGGUCAACAACGUGUUUGCGUUUACCGCUUUCAAAGCGACAGAGCCUUACUUUGACGACUACAGGACGUUCCCGAUCGAGGAGGCGAUUCAAGAGCGGGGUUUUGAGGCGGUCCAACAGACCGAAAGCAGCCCGCGGCAUAGGACCAUGGUAGCACACAAACUGUAAAAUGUCUGCGAGGAAAGCUUGAAGUCAUUUUGAGCCAUUUUUUGAGCUUAUUGAGCGCUAUUUUCUUGUACUACCACUACCUCACUCUGAGGAGCCAAAAGAUGCUGAGAUGCGUCGAAACAAGCAAUCAGACGAGUUGCGGACAUAACUUUCGCCCAGAGCAUGGCACUCCAGCCAGGCGCAUGUGUAGCCCUGGUCAUGGAUCAUGCAGAAAGCCAUUCUCUGAGUCGAACAAGCGAAAGAAGAGCUACCGGCUCGCCUGCCUAGGUUUUUGACCCUCUCUUUGCCACUUGGGAAAUUGAAGAUGCUGUGCCCGAGGCGCUACUAGGUAUCGGUCGCAAUUAAGGGCAACCAGCGACGAAUGCACAGGC